GAAGAUAUUCCGAUUCGGAAGAUAUAUACUAAUACAGUAAAUAGAUAACAAAAGAGAGAGAAAAUAAAAUCAGAAAAAGCUAACGAAGAAAAACAAAUUAUCUAACGAUGGAGGAAAACAAGACGACGACGGAGGAGAUGAACGACAAACUGAUCACCUCCUUCCUCGAGAUCACUUCUUCGUCGAGAGAAGAAGCUACUUUCUUCCUCGAAAGUCACCGAUGGGAUCUAGACGCUGCCGUCUCCACCUUCCUCGACAACGACGCCGCAGCCGCCGCCGAUUUACCAACUGGCCCGAACCCUAAUCUACCUCCUUCUUCGAUUCCGGCUGCAUCUCCCUCUCAAUCUCACUCUCCGGACUACUCUCCUUCCGAAAACUCUCCUUCCAGGUCACGAUCUCCCUCUCCGCCUUCCCGCGACGCGCCUUACCGUCUCCGAUCGAAAGGUGGCGCCUCCGAAAAUCAGGUAGCCGAUAAUCCGUCGGGGAGCCGGAACACUAGGAGCCGUCAACACGCUGGUAACAUCCGUACGUUCGCGGAUCUGAACCGUUCUCCGGCUGACGGUGCCGAUAGUGAUUCUGAUGAGGCGCAAGAGUAUUAUGCCGGCGGAGAGAAAAGUGGGAUGAUGGUUCAAGACCCUAGGAAAGCAAAAGACGUUGACGCACUCUUUGAGCAAGCUAGGCUCUCAGCUGUAGAAAGACCUGUAGAAUCAUCAAGAUCGGCUACUAGAAGCUUCUCUGGAGCUGGGCGGUUGUUAUCCGGUGAACCUGUUUCCUCUUCUCCUCAGGAGCAGCAGCAACAACAGCAAGACCAGCCUCAAGAGGUUAUGCACAACAUCACUUUCUGGAGGAACGGUUUCACCGUUGAUGAUGGUCCUUUAAGGAGGUUUAAUGACCCCGAAAACGCAGCCUUUAUGGAGAGCAUUGCGAGAUCAGAGUGCCCUCGUGAACUUGAACCCGCAGAUAGGAAGAUCCGUGUUCAUGUGGAUCUCGUCAGGCGUGAAGUCGAUUACACAGAACCACCGAAGCCCAAGAAUCCGUUUCAAGGAGUAGGAAGAACCUUAGGAGCUAGCGGAUCCGGAUCAAGCCCUGCAGCUGUAGAACCACCCGUCCAAAUGAACACAGCACCCGCACCAUCAAGAGGGCUAGUCGUAGACCCAGCAGCACCGACUACAUCGAUCCAGCUCAGAUUGGCGGACGGCACACGGCUUGUGUCGAGGUUCAACAACCACCACACCAUCAGAGACAUUCGUGGGUUCAUCGACGCUUCGAGACCCGGUGGCUCCAAAGAGUACCAGUUACUAACCAUGGGGUUUCCUCCUAAACAGUUGACAGAUUUGGACCAAACCAUCGAGCAGGCUGGUAUCGCUAACUCCGUCGUCCUCCAGAAAGCCUAGGUUUAUUAAGAUCACUUCGAUUCAUGUCUCUCUCUCUCUCUCUUUGCUCUUUUUUUUCUUUUUCAUCUUCUUCAAAGUGUGUCGCUGACUGAAAACUAUUUGGUCAACGCUACGAGGAUAUGUCUCUUGUAGGAUUUGGAUAUUUUUGAGAUUCUUCAUCAAAUCUCUUUUCUUUCAGAUUCAGUCACUUUGUUAAUUUCUUGGCUUACACAAAUCGCAUUUGCUAACGACUCAAACACCGUAUCUUUUAAGGC